AAGUGUCAACCAGCUAGGAGGGAUGUUUCUCAACGGCAGACCUCUCCCAGAAUCCAAGAGGAGGAGAAUGAUUGAACUGGCCUCGGAGGGAGUCCGUCCAAGCCAGAUCUCCAGGAUACUUAGGGUGUCCAACGGGUGUGUCAGUAAGAUCCUGAGCCGCUACCGCCGCACUGGACUCCUGGAGCCCAAGACCAUUGGAGGGAGCCGACCUCGGCUUCUCACACCCGGUGUCAUCUCCACAAUCAUUCAGUGCAAAAAGGAAAAUCCAACUAUUUUUGCUUGGGAAAUUCGAAAACGGCUUGCAGCAGCACGAAUAUGCAAGGCCUCCAAAGUUCCCAGCGUGUCGUCUAUAAAUCGGAUUUUAAGAAAGAUGCACUUGGACCGCGGACCGAUGUGCAUGGAGAUCAAUAAGCACAUCAUGACUGAGCCAGAUUUUGAUUCGCUGAUUCAAGAAGAAGUGAGCGUGAGAAAGAUGUCUGAGACACUAUGCAAUAAUGACCAGAAACCUAAAGGUGUCCAGCACCGAAACCGCACCACCUUUACCCCGGAGCAGAGCAAAGCACUCGAGCAAGAAUUUUCUCACAGUCAGUAUGCAGAUAUGUACACGAGAGAGAAACUGUCAGCUGAGAUAAAACUUCCUGAGGACACCAUCAAGGUCUGGUUUUCGAACAGACGGGCUAAAUGGAGGAGGGAAGCCAAACACAGGAGUAGCACACAGAGCCUUCAAAAGCAAAGAGAUUUUGUUCCUGUGAAUCCAUCAAUGCCACACAGCAUCAUAUCUCAACAGAUGAAGGCAACAGGGGCGCCAAGAGUCUACUGUGAAAAUUUACAUGCCUCUUCUGCAUACAGCACAGUUGCCAGAAAGUUGCAAAAUGGCUGCUUCUUUCCAACAGAAACAGGCAUGGGGAAUUCUCAACAUCUGACAUCCAUCUCAGUCCCGCCUUCAUUCCUCCAUCAGUCGAAUAACAUGAUGGCCCAGACCAUGACGGACAAGACUCCACUGGAUCUCCACAGAGAUAGAUUAACUUUCCCAUUGGUUCACCAUCACACAGACACAAGGACACCCCUCCCUUUGGCAAGUGAGACGAUAAGAACAGACCACCCUGUGCCUCAGUGCUGGAACCAGCAGGGAAUGCCUUUUACUUGGAGCCAGUUUCAAACCGAUGAGAGGUAUCUGUUUGCUCAGCAGCCCUGGGAUGUGAAUCCACAUUGCUACCUGGACUAAAUAUGUGACCACAUCUCUGACAUUAGUGGGCAUGUUUGAUUUAUAGCGUUGAAAGUGUAUUUCUCACUGGAUCACUAGCAAGAACUAUGUUUUGAGUGCAGCUCAAUUUCUAGACUGGAGGGACACAUUCUAACCAGCAGAGGGCAACAGAGGACUGGAGUUACAAUCUUGUUCUUUGAACUCCCUUUUUUAAAAAUGCACUGCAACUCCACUCAUCACUUUUUCUUGAAUAGUAUUCUUGGAGUAACAUAAUUGCUAAACUAAUAUCUUAAGUAUUCUAUAUUCAAAGUGCUUUUGUUAAUCCCAGUGGAUCUUAAAUUAAGACACCAAACUGACCUGUAAAAAAGCCAAAGUUAAUGCAACUUUGUAGGAUAUGAAGUGUUUAAUAAAGAUGGACAGAUAAGA